AUGAACGCUUUUGGACACCAGCCAUCUAACCAGCAGUCCAGCCCCAUUCAGCACCACAGCGCGCAGGAGCUCCUAGACAUGGCGGUGUACUGCGACAACUUCGGCAUGUACCAGCAAAACCUCCACCACCACCCGCACCCCCCAACCUACGGCCUGGGGGAGUACACGGCUCCCUCCGGCAACCCGUACCUGUGGCUGAACGGAGCCGGCAUCAACUCGCCUCCGUACCUGUCCGGGAGCAACGGAGCAUCGUACAUCCAGUCCGGAUACGGGGCCAACCAGAGACAGUUCCUGCCGCCCCCGUCGGGGUUCGGCGGAGCGGACCUGGGCUGGCUCUCCAUAUCCAGCCAGCAGGAGCUUUUCAAAAUGGUCCGACCGCCCUACUCUUACUCGGCCCUCAUCGCCAUGGCCAUCCAGAACGCCCAAGAUAAGAAGCUGACGCUCAGUCAGAUCUACCAGUACGUCGCGGACAACUUCCCCUUCUACAAGAAGAGCAAAGCCGGGUGGCAGAACUCGAUUCGCCACAACUUGUCACUCAACGACUGCUUCAAAAAGGUGGCGCGGGAUGAGGACGAUCCAGGAAAGGGAAACUACUGGACGCUGGACCCCAACUGCGAAAAGAUGUUCGACAACGGGAACUUCAGGAGGAAGCGGAAGAGGCGGGCGGACGUGAACGGGGACAACUGCUCUCUUCCGGUCGGCAAACCGGACGACGGCACGGCGCUCAAAGUCUCCGCCGACACCGCCAGCAUGCUGAGCGCCUCCCCGGCCGGUCUGCACGACUCCCCCGCGGGCUCCUCCGAGCCAAAGUCCUCCCCGACCCCAUCCGUCCACGACCACGUCAGCCCCUGUUUCAACGGCUUCGUGUCCGGCAUGAGCUCGCUGCUGGUCCCGGGUGGUGGGAACAGAGACUCGGGGGAUUUGUCUCAGAGCAGGGAGAGCGUGUCGGGACUUGGUUUAAUCUCCCCUCUGAACUCGGACAACACGCAGUUCGCCUCCAACAGGGUCAACUACUACACGUCGGUACCGAGCAGCGGCCACCUGUCCAACCACUUCACUGUCAACAACCUCAUCUACAGCCGGGAAGGAACGGAGGUGUAGACUCCCCCUCUCCCCUCCUCCCACCCCCAUAUAGAUAUCUCAGUGACCGUCUAUGGAUGUAUAAUGGACAUUGUCUUUUAGUUUGUGUUUAAAAAGGACGGUAAUUAUGCAAAAAAAAGUGCAACAAACCCAACCUGCCAAUCAUCCAUACUGAGGCCUGUGCACGGGACUUACACAGUUUAACACAUUGAGAUACAUUA